GUCACCAAAACCCACUCGGAAAGAGUUGUUUGUUGCACUUUCUUCUAUUUAUUAAAUUCUCUGACUCUCUCUAGAAAAAGGAGAGUCAAUCAGAGGGCAAAAAAGAAAAAAGGAAACCCUAAUAGCGUUUUUUCUCUGCAAUAAUCGUAACGAUUCGAUCUCUGCAAUGGCUAACAGUAAUCUCCCCCGACGAAUCAUCAAGGAAACUCAGCGUCUCCUUAGUGAACCAGCUCCCGGGAUAAGUGCAUCACCGUCAGAGGAUAAUAUGCGGUACUUCAAUGUGAUGAUUCUUGGCCCAACACAAUCGCCCUAUGAAGGAGGUGUAUUCAAGUUGGAACUGUUUUUGCCUGAAGAAUAUCCAAUGGCUGCUCCCAAGGUUCGAUUCCUCACCAAGAUAUAUCAUCCUAACAUUGACAAGCUUGGAAGGAUAUGCCUUGAUAUUCUGAAGGACAAGUGGAGUCCAGCUCUUCAGAUUCGAACCGUACUUUUGAGCAUUCAAGCUCUUCUGAGUGCCCCAAAUCCUGAUGAUCCUCUCUCGGAGAACAUAGCAAAGCACUGGAAAACAAACGAGGCCGAAGCUGUUGAAACAGCAAAGGAAUGGACUCGAUUAUAUGCGAGUGGCGCAUGAUGACAUAGUGGAAACUUGUUUGAAAUAACAAUUGUGCAAUGUAUGCUAUUCACCGUCUAUUUAAAAUGGAAAUUUGGAAAAAUUGAUGUUUGAACAUUGAGAGUUUGAUAUUUUAAAAAGCUUCGAGUUAUUCUAGCUGUUAAUUAUUUUCUAUUUCUUGUAUUGGAAGCCUGUGGACUUUGAUCUUGUAUGAAUAGAUUAUAUCUUUGUCCUGCGUAA